GGCCCCGACUGCACACGUAACGAAUCGUCACAUGGUCCAGUCACCAACAUGCUGCGGCCGAGAUGCGACGCCGAUGGCACGAGAUGGCGAUGGCUUGGCUAGCAGCUGCGACAGAGCACGAUGUGCACUUCGGGACCCGUCGAAUCGAACUUAGAAGAGCCAUUGGACUUACUCCGGCGUACUUGCGGGAGUCAGUUCCGCCACCUCAUAUCCACUCCAGCCAGUCCAGUCGACCGACCGUCUGAAAUGUUUGCCCGCAUCUCCUCCACUGCUGUCCGCCGCGCCGCCGCCUCGCAAACGCGAGGCUUCCGCAAAGGCAACCCCACCAAGUUUACGGAAAACAAGGCAGACACUGGGUUCAAUGCUGUCCUCAAUGCCGACAACUCCAAGCACACUAGCAAGGUGAUGCACUACACGAGCUACGGCCUCUUGGCGCUCGUCCCUGCCGCGGUCGUGCUGAGCCCGUCUGCGUUGAACACGCCGGUCGACAACUUGCUGGCGGUGCUGAUCCCCGUGCACAGCCAUAUCGGUAUCAACAACGCCGUGUCGGACUACGUGCCCAAGAACUUUCAAAAGUUGGUUCGCACGGGUGUCCUCGGCGUGUCAGUCGUCACUUUCUUGGGGCUCAUCACCCUCAACGUCACAGGCGCUGGCGUCACCGAGACUGUCAAGUCUCUGUGGCGUGAACCUCCUUCCAAGAAGGCGUCGCAUUAAGUAGGUCUCCCUGUGCCGCCCCGAUACUCGACUUCGACACUCAGAAUCCGUUGAAGCUAGAACGAUUUCAUCGAUAUUCUGGACCACUAUUCAUUGAAACUUUGCCAUUUUUCAACACAA